AUGCUGGCAGAGGGCGUCACGAAAGGACUCACUGCCUCGGCGGUGGUGACGCUUGCCGAGUUUCGGCACUGUCUGCUGCAGGUCUUUCCAGCAGCGGAACGCCCGCAGCUGCUUGGCCUUGCUGUGGGCGUUGCCCCACGUGACUCGAAGAGUCUAGCUCUAGCGCUUUUAGGAAAAGCGUGGGCGCAGCAGCACGGUAAGCGUUUCGCAGCGAUCUGGGUGCCCGAGGACGCCAACGAGGCCGAGGGAUUCCAAUGGUUCACACAGCUCGGUCGACUAGGCCUGGUUGUGGAGAAGGCAGCAGUCGCUAUCCAUGGACAUCAAUGGAGCAAUGCUCGAUCAGAUUCGCUCUCGGUCUGUUCGUCUCCGGAACGACAUGUGCAGGUACGAAAGAUGCCAGUUCUGAACGCCUGCAAAGGUACGAAGGACGCGGAACGAUUGCACGCCAAACCGGAAACCGAUGAACCGGGGCGAGCGCACCCUGCCCAGGCGACUGCAGCUUCGGUGAGAGGACAGACGCCAUCGGCUGCAUUUGCAGGUCGUUUGCCCGCGUUAGACGAAUACAGUGAACAAGGUGCAUCCCGGAAGCUGCCCAGAGGAGCCCUGUGGGAGAGGCGACAACAACGCCUUCGCAUUCUCUGCGCAGAAGCGCUUGAACGGGAUCUAGGCUUGGUAGCCUUAGGACAUUGUUUGGAUGACCAGGUCUCUAUUUUAGUGCAUCGUAUGCGCCACGGCGGCUUUCUCGAUGGACUGAGUGCACUCGCGCCGGCCCAGGACCCGGUCGACCUACCGCUGCGGGUUCCGAGAAUUGUUCGUCCAUUUUGGCAUCUAUCCGAAUUUCGACUCGUGGAGACGUGUCGAGCGGCAGGACUCGUUGAAGCGACUGGACGAGGGGACACUGCGGCUGUAGUCGUUUACAAUGCUUCUGGACUGCGUGCUGCACGUAGCAAGGAAACCUCGGGUCCGUCUCGAGUUGGUAGCCCCGAGAGUACGCGCCCGAUAUCUGCGGAGACCUUUGCCGACCCAGCAAUCGAGAUGUUUCGUGCGCGGAACGCUGCCUCGAAUGAACCUGUAUCAACAACAACGGAUAACUGUUGCGCCUCUCAAGGUCGUCCGGAGGCUACUUCAAUCAAGCCUACCACUUCCUCCCCAAGUGAUGUGCAACGCUCACCUGUUGCAGCGCUCAUGGGCACUGCGUGUAGCGCUCCAGCGCCUGUGAAUAUCGAGCCGAUCGAGAAUGCCCGCACGAAAGGCGCAGCAGUAGCGUUGUCUGGUAGCUCGCGGCAGGUCGUUGCUGCGGCACCUGCAGCAGCGCAUCCUGCAUCGGAGAGUUCGGUACUGGACGAGCACGCCACCGCUUCAAGGCACCUGUACUUGGCGCCAGUGAUCAAGGCACUGCGGAAACAUGAGCAGCUUUUGGAUGAAGAAGCCGACCAGCUCCUCCUACAAUGCGUCGAAUUUUCCUCACCUCUGGGGUACCUGGUGAUUCGGCCCGCAAAGCUGGCAGAGCACGCCCUCACCAAGGCAGUUGGGUUGCGCGCUCUACUGCGUAUUCUCCAGUACGUGGGUGCGCACCAGCGUGCCAAUCGCACGGAGGCGCUGGAGCGGCUCUACGAGGACAUCACAGCACCCGCUACCAAGAUGAGUGGACGCACCCUCAUGGGAUGUCUGCUGAAACCCCAGAACUCGCUCAACCGCAUUGGGGCUUUUUUGCACAAGGUACGAUGGCGGCAAUCAACAGCAGGAAUUCCAGAUCAGCUGGGUGCCUUGCAGGCCGAUCAAACAUUUUAUCUGAAACAGGCAGCUGAUGCACACGAGGGCAAGGACCCGUCUCUGCAGUACUGGCAUGAGGCUUGUGGUAAUCAUAGCGACCUCGCUGGAGAAGCGGGCGAUGCGGAGCACCCGAGCGACGCCUUGGGGGCAGCGACGCAUGCCAGCACACCUGCUGCACUGCGGAAACACCGAGGUCGCGCUGAGAAGAGCCACAUGAAUGCGCGUGUUCGCGAGCAGCACGACCAGAGUCGGUGCCGCUUCGUCACCAAAGCGGCAGAUGCUAGCGAUCCCGCCUCAAAUAACAAACUAGGCUGGUAUCCGCGAUUCGUUGUUUGCCGAGAGCCCGCCUCUAGUGCUGGGCGUUCAUACGAGUGGAUGCCGUUGGGUCGAUGCAUUCUCUGGGAUCGGCGGUUCAUCAUACGAAUCGAGCGUCACGAAGCUAGUCAUAGUGGCACAACGAGGGGCAAAUCCUCUCCGCAAACCCCUCCUGACGUUUUGACCGGAUUCGAGGGAUCGUUCUCGGUGGAGAAGAAGAAGCAGGCGGACGUCUGUGAGGUCUAUUCGCUCGCCACAGAGGCGCUGCGAACGACGAUUUCGACGAGUGCCACUGGCGGUUGGGGCGCAGCAGACCAGGUCGGCAACCUGGCUCCAGCUGCGCUGCCCCCAGCAUCCGAACGUGGCAAGCACUGGUUCCGUGUUCGACAGAUGACGCUGCACGACUGGACGCAGGUGACAGCGUGGCGUCCCCGGUUGAAAUGGACCUUUGUGCCGUACGUUUGUCGCUUAGCAUUGCCGGUGUUUGACGAUGGACGAAACCUCAUCGCCGUACCGCAUUUUGGCUUCAAUCGUCGACCGGAUCUGCGAUUUACCGUCCUGUUCGCAACUGCGAAUCGUACGCUCCCUCCCGAGCUUGAUCGUACCAUCGGGCAGGGCAUUGGUGCAGAGUCACUGCUUGUCGACGAGAAUCCUGGGCAUGGCUUCUGA